GCUUUAUUUCGAAGCAGACUCAGCGGCACCCACCAUCAUCACCACCACCACCACCACGAUCUGUAUAUGGCCAGCCUAUGGCGAGCCGUGAUGGGCGAAACACCACCAAACGCCGACGAUUACGACGGCGUCGAAUAUUGGUCAAACCCUGAGCGCACCGGCUGGCUCACCAAGCAAGGAGAGUACAUCAAGACCUGGCGCCGGCGUUGGUUCGUUCUCAAACAAGGCAAACUCUUCUGGUUCAAGGAGGCCAUCGUCACCCGCGGAUCACGUCCCCGUGGCGUCAUACCUGUCGCUACCUGCCUCACUGUCAAAGGAGCCGAAGAUGUCCUCAACAAGCAGUUCGCUUUCGAGUUAUCCACCCGAUCCGAGACCAUGUACUUCAUCGCCGAUUCUGAAAAGGAGAAGGAGGAUUGGAUCAAUUCGAUUGGACGGUCAAUUGUUCAGCACUCGAGGUCCGUCACUGACAACGAGAUUGUUGAUUAUGAUAGCAACAGAUGAUUAAUUCAUCUCUGCUUUUCUCAAUUUUACGUGUAAAAUUAGGUAUGAUGCUUUUAUCUUUGAUGCUUCCUUUGUUUCAGUAUGAAUCAAAAUAUUGUUUUUGUGGUUUGAUAAUUAUAUAAUUUAAUGCUUUCAACGUGUUCCUAAAU